UUCACUUAAACCGCACAUGCGCUCUCGCCUUCAUUGAUUUUUCUCACUUUUGACAGUUCAUCCGAUGUUUUGGGCAACCACCCGCGUUCACUCGACGUAAACAAAAAGAUGGCUUUAGAUUUCUCUGCAACAUACAAAUUACUUGUUUUGGGCGAUUCAAAUGUCGGUAAAACGUGUAUUGUGCAUAGAUAUUGUGACGAAAGAUAUUACGAUAUUUAUAUAUCGACAAUAGGAAUAGACUUCAAGCAAAAAAUAAUUAACCUGGAUGGGGUGCCAAUUAAACUUCAAAUAUGGGAUACAGCCGGCCAGGAGAGAUUCCGGACCCUCACUACAGCCUACUACCGAGGCGCGAUGGGAAUUAUUCUUAUGUACGAUAUUACAAACCUGGAAUCUUUCAACCAUUUGUCUUAUUGGCUACGAAAUAUACAAGAAUACGCUUCUCCAGAUGUUAUCAAAGUUCUAGUUGGAAAUAAAUCUGACGUUCAUGAAAACAAUAGAGCUGUACCAAAAGAAAGAGGCCAAAAGAUUGCAGAUGACUUUGAUAUGCCUUUUUUUGAAGUUUCAUGCAAGAAUAAUAUAAACAUCGAAGAAGCUUUCCUCACAUUAGCAAGAAAAAUAAGGGAAUACAGAGAAUCUAAGGCGGAUGCUUUCGAGUUAAAAGAGAGAGAGAACGUUAUCAAGCCUUCUGCAUCCCAGACAGACGUAUCCAAGUGCAGUUGUUAGUCUCAUAGUACAUGAGAGCUUGAGGAAACCGCGAUUACUGAUGGAACAUUUAUACAGCAACAAAAAGUUAGCUUUGGUAGUUAUAUAAUAAUGAUAAGGGCUAUUCAGUGGACUUUUAAGUAUGCCUCAUAAUAUAUGAAAUUCGAAGCUUGCAGUGCAGUUUAGAACAUUGGCCAUUGCAGAUUAAAAACUAAUAUUUCCUUCCAGUCCUUGCCCUUGUCUAUAUAAUACCGCGUCGUCUGACAUUCCUAGAUAUAAGAUUAAUUUGUUCUAGAAAACUAUUUCUAUUACAACAAAAACUACGACCUGAGUUUGAUACAAUCUUACUAGAUUUUAAAAUAAUUUCAGAAUUUAAUUGAGAAUUCAGCCCAGUUUGUGUCAACGAAUUAAAAAUAUAAUUUCUAUUAGAACGGUUUAUUAUAUAUUAAUAACGGCCUGUAAGCAAUGAAAACAUUAUCUUUGUAAAGCGAUAAAAAAUUUGUGAAUCUUUAUAGCAAUAUUGCUGAUCAAUGUUUUGCCUCUUAGGAAUAAGUAGGCUUUGGUAUAGCUAAACUAAAAUCAAAACAACAAAUAUUUUGUUAUAAUUGAUUACCUAGACAAGUAUUAGUAUAUUACUAGUCAAUCAAAGAUUUUGUAGAAAAAUUUGUGUAGUCUUCAAAAAUACUAAAAAAAAUCAUUUAAGUCACAUAAUUUUUUAAUAAUAUUGGUAAUAAUAGUCUGAUCGUAGUUGCCUAAAAUAGUCAAUUUUCUGCUACCUGAUUAGGUAAAAUCUAAAUUUUCUUAACAAGCUGUUACGACUUCAAUAAUCAUAGUCAUAGGACGCAUAAGGAAUGAAAUAUGAAUAGGCAAACGACUUACGACACUCAAAAGAUCCCAUGUACCAACUUUUUUAAAUAUAACCAUAGAUUAUAACUUUGAAGACUAAAGAAUCAAGACUUAACGUUAAGUGACAGCUCUACGUUAAUAGCUCUUAAUAGAUUCUGAACACUGGAGACGGCUCUGGCCAAUUAUUACAAAGAACAAGACCUGGCUGCAUGGACUAAAGUCCUUUGCCUUUCCCGUUAGGAAAUUAAUAUCAUCAUCAUCUAUUAGAUUCCGACUCGAUUCUCGUUUCUUAAUCGUCCUAAGGAAUUAUGUAAACAGCGGCAUUGCUCACACAGAAUAGAAUUUUAAAUGAGUUCCAAAAUAUUUGUUUAUUGGAAUAUCUUAUAGCAUAGAAAAAGAAAUAGUGAGAUAACUGAUUCAUCAAUUGUCUAGAACGAAUUUAAAAUUUAAAUUCUGUAGAUAAAAACACUUUUUACGAAUUUAAAAUUAAAAAAAAAAUUGUAGUGGCAUCUAUUGUUAUUGUAUAAUCAAAACACAUUUUAUAGACAUUGGUAGAAAACUUUUGUUCAAAGUAUUGUUGAUAUUUUUAAAUCUUUGUAAGACUCUUUGUUUGAAGUGUGUCAGAUCUAAAAACUGUUUUAUGGGAUUGCGGUGAAAGAAAUGAACGUAAUUUUAUCUCUUAAAAAAUAGACAGUGACAAUUUUUAAUUUUUUUCUACUGUUUAAAAGAAAACGUUCCUGGUUUGUAACGAUUUAUUGUUCACAUUAAUAUUGAUACAUGUUUAACAAGGAGGAUUAAAAUCAUGUAGCACAAGUACUUGUUACACAUUUCAUUAAAGAAACCUAGAUGUGCCUAAAAAAAGAGCGAAGCUAGUUUUCGUGCCAGUGCAAAAAUUAAAAAAUCCUGUGAUACGUAAUGACUAUCGCCCAAACCCCAUAAUCUAUCUCAAUCCAUUUUUGACCACCUGAGAUAGACAUCUUAAUCCAAAUAUUGAUAAGUGUCCCUAUAACCAAUCGACGGAUUGUAAUAGCCAUCAGUCGAUAUAAGCUAUCCAUGGUGGGUCGGAUCGAUGUAUGUGGAUAAACUUUGUAUAAAAAUGACAGUCAACUGUGCCAAUAUUCUAUCUUAAAUUUUGACUUACACCAGUUUUUAAAUAAUUAAAAAGCUAUUUGAUAUGUUUUAAACAUAGACAUGUAUUUAAUUAUUAUUGCACGGUUUAUUUACCGUAUUUGGUUUAUAUUUAUUAUCAAAUAAUGAGUGUAAACUGGGUAAAAUGGAAUGACAAAGAGCGAAGAGAUUGCAUUCUAUCCGUCGCCAAAAAUGGAUUGUCUGUGGUUUGGUUAUGAUGCAGAUAGGAGAUCAAUCGACCGUCACGGUCUGAUCUCAGAUUGCUUUCAAUAUGGGAUUGUGGAUUAUUUAUUGGGUUCGGGCGUAUGUCAAUGUCAGCUCAUAGUAACACCGUUGCUUCGAUAAAUACAAAUUCAAACAUAAUUGCACGCGUUGUAUCCGAUAAAACAGUUUUAUUAUGUUAAAGAUAAAAUUUAGAUAAACGGGAUAAUGUAAUGCAUUUUAAUUCCAGCACACUUGGAAAUUAAAAUUACUUUAUGUCAAAUAAAUUUUUAUUACGUC